CCGUUCACUCGCCGUUGUGUUCCUUAGCUGACAGGUUAAGCACGCGGUUAAAGAUCUCAGAGGCUUGACCAUGGAUAUCGAUGAAGAUACGGGUGAUUCUUCACAACCAGAGGCUCCAGCCACUAAAAUGUCCAGACAACAGAUAUUAACACUUAUUGCAAUGGCUUCCAUAAACUUCAGUUCAAUGAUCUGUUACUCCAUUCUGGGACCAUUUUUCCCAAAUGAGGCAAAGAAGAAAGGUGUCAGUCAAGCCAUGAUUGGUUUAAUAUUUGGAAUCUAUGCAUUAUGCACUUUGGUGGGCUCAUUGGUGCUUGGAAAAUAUAUUGUCCAGAUAGGAGCCAAGUUUAUGAUUGUGGCAGGGUUGUUCGUAUCAAGCGGAUGUACUGUGCUCUUCGGGUUUCUCGACCAAGUGUCUGAUGGCACAGUUUUCAUAGUGCUCUGUUUUAUCACACGGUGCAUAAACGCAAUCGGCUUUUCCGCCGCCGACACGUCAUCUUUUGCGGUUUCAGCAAAAGUUUUCCCCGACAACAUAGCGACGGUUUUGGGCUUCAUGGAGAUUUUUACAGGUCUUGGCCUGAUAUUGGGGCCUCCAUUGGGCGGCUGGCUCUAUCAGUCAUUUGGAUACGAAAUCCCAUUCGUUUUCACAGGAUGUCUUCUGUUUGCAACAGUGCCUCUCAAUCUGUGGAUUUUACCAAGCUUUGAUGCUGUGCCUUCCCAGAAUUCCUUCCUCAGAUUGUGUACCAGAAUAAAGAUCCUUCUCAUCUGCUUUGUGGUGUUCACGUUGAGUUCAGGACUUGGCUUCCUGGAUGCAACACUGUCCAUAUUUGCCAUAGAAAAGCUUAAUCUCAGUGCUGGUUCGGUGGGAUUGCUCAUGAUUGGUCUUUCACUGCCAUAUGGAGCGGCGUCACCCAUCUUUGGUGUGAUCAGUGAUAAAUAUCCUUCCAUUAGGAAAUGGAUGAUGGUGGUUGGAGGAAUGGCCACCGCGGUUAGCUUCUGUUUCCUCGGCCCACUUCCAGUUUUCCAUAUUAGAAGUCAGCUCUGGCUCACCGUCCUCAUGCUGAUCGUGGUGGGCUUUUCUCUCUGUAUGACCUGUAUCCCCACCUUUGCCGAGAUGAUCGCUUGUGCACACGAAAAUGGCUUUGAGGAAGGCUUGAGUACGCUGGGAUUGGUGUCAGGCUUGUUCUCUGCGAUAUGGUCUGCUGGGAUGUUUUUUGGGCCGACUAUCGGAGGAUACGUCACACAAGCGCUCAACUUCGAAUGGAGCGCAGGGGUUCAAGGCGCCCUCGCCUUCCUCGCUGCCUUACUACAAGUCAUAUAUUUUACAAUAGAGGACAUACAAAAGAAGUCACAAAUGGCAAACGAGACGGACAUAUCUUCAUCUCAAGGAGAAAAAUCCCCUCUUCUCCCUAAAACAGAUAAUCUCGUGUGAAAUAAGCCCCUGCAAGCUUUUAAAUGGAAGCACAAACCUAAUCAUAUUGCUGCUAAAAGAAGAACGCAGAGGUCAGUUUAACAACAUAGACGUCUACUAUAUGUAUUAUAAGAUCAGUUUAAUCUUUAUGCAGGAUUUCAGUGAACAUUUACAAUGUAAAUUCAAAAGUCCUAUAAGAUAGAACUAAGAGAGGAGAUGUUUAAUGCAUAAUAACAAGCUGACAUUUACACUAAACAUAUCUGAGUUGUGCCUUUUGAUAAACACUUAAGUGUGUUUAUUUUUUUUGCCUUAUUUUUUUGGCUUACUUAUUGUUUAGUAACUAUGAUUAACUUUAGAUGUAAUAUGAUCCAUUUAAAAAAAAGGUGUACAUUUUUUUUUAAGUGAAUUGAAAAUAAUGCCUUGUGUACAUAAUUCAUUACCUCAUAUACGGCGUGUCUUUCAGUAAAGUACACUGGAUUAUUUCUGAAGUCUUGUUGAGGUUUUUAGAAAUGUUUUGGACUAGUGCAAGAAUGUGGGAUUUGCAUUUAAAUAUUACUUAACACAGAUUACCCAUCAAGCCCGAGUUUGUGACUGACCCCAUUGUACCUGCUUUUACAGAUUUACAAAUAAUUAUGUACAGUUUUACAAAACACAUUUUUACAAUACGCAUUAGUGUUUUCAUAGCAAUGAGAUCAUUCGAUUCUUUGGAGCCGUUGCAUAAAUAUCGAUCCUUUCAACACUGCAGAGAUUCUUUUUACACGACAAUAUGUUUAAAACUGGAACAUUUUGAACUCUUGCAUUCAUUUGUGAUACAGAAAAAUAUAUUUAACCAACUGCAUACAUUAACUCUGGUAUUAAAUAAAUACCACAGUUUAUUCCCUUCUCUGAUAUGUGAAUAAAAUACAUAUUUAUAUUCAA